AUGAAACUUUUGGAACGUGUGACCAAGGAAACAUUACGUCUUCGCUAUUCCAGUCAUCGCCUAGAGAUGAGAGAAGGUUGGACUAUAUCGAAAGGUAGUUCAGCUGUGUUUCUCAUUUAUAAACUUCAUAGAAGCGCAAAAUAUGGACCACGGCCGUUAGUAUUUGAUACCGAUAAGUUCCUAAUGGGAGAGAAUUGUUCUACAUAUUUAUUUCCAUUUAGUUACGGUCGAAGAAUUUGCUUGGUAAUUAAUGCUACGCUAAUAAGAAGAUUUCUAAUUAAAAUAGAUAAUCCAAUAGGAAUAGCAGAAAUAGGUUUAAAGAUGAGCCUCUCAUUGAAACCGGCAAAACCAAUAAGAUUAAAAUUUGAAAGAAGAAAUUAA